AUGGCGGUGAUUAGUCCAGCUACACGUUUCGCGCCGCCUCUGAACCGGCCUUUUCACCACCGAUCGUCACUAGCCUCGCUUCAUUGCUCCUCUAGGAACUUCCUCUUCCUCGGAAAACCCACUCCGAGCUCGACGAUCGUCGCCGUCCGGUGCCAGAAACCUGCUUCCGACGGGAUUAGCUCUAUGGAAUCCAUGAAUCAUGUUUCAUCUUCCAUCGAUUUCCUAACGUUGUGUCAUCGGCUCAAGACAACAAAGAGAAAAGGGUGGAUUAAUCAGGGGAUAAAUGGAUCUGAAUCAAUUGCUGAUCAUAUGUACCGUAUGGCUCUAAUGGCACUUAUAGCUAGUGAUCUUACAGGAGUUGACAGAGAGAGGUGUAUAAAAAUGGCAAUUGUGCAUGAUAUCGCUGAAGCUAUUGUUGGAGAUAUUACCCCAUCUGAUGGUGUGCCUAAGGAAGAAAAGAGUAGGAGGGAGAAAGCAGCUUUAAAAGAGAUGUGUGAGGUUUUGGGUGGAGGCCUCAGAGCGGAGGAGAUCACAGAACUUUGGCUGGAGUAUGAGAACAAUGCUUCUUUAGAAGCAAAUAUUGUAAAAGACUUUGAUAAGGUUGAGAUGAUUCUCCAGGCACUAGAAUAUGAAGCCGAACACGGGAAAGUGCUCGAUGAGUUUUUCAUAUCAACAGCAGGCAAGUUUCAAACCGAAAUUGGAAAGAGCUGGGCCGCUGAGAUCAACGCUAGGAGAAAAAGCCAAUUGAUAAACAGACAGAGAUAGUAAAGUCCAGUUGCCUCAUACCUUCAAUGUCCCUCAACUAUCAACACUAGAAUCUUGGAAACUAAGCAGACUCCUCUUGAAACAAAAGGUACAAGCUUCUAGUGAAAUUUCAAUUUUGUAGUGCAAUGAACACACUGGUUUUUAACUUCCCUUUUGGUUGCUAGUCAAAGUAGGACAAAACUUUUAGAUAUCCUGGUAAACAUGAAUCUGAACUCAGAAUAUGCUUGUUAGUUGUUACUGAGGGAAGUGGAUCAUAGUUUCUUAUGAAAAUCUUAAUUCGAGGUUCCUAAUCUACUUCUGAUGUAGUUGCAACCCAAUUGAAACAUAUCACACACUCUUGUUAUCAUAAAUUAUAUAUAUGCAUUUUCUCUGACCCCACCUAAA